GGAAACAGGACAGACGGGCUGAGGUUUCGUUUUAGCAUUUGUGCUUCAUAUGAUGCCAAUGCCUUGUUUUUUUCCCCGGAAAUCAAUAAGGUGUGGGUCACGCGGUGUGAAGUGCCGAACAUCCAACAGGAAAAUUAUUUGAAUAUGGUAUUUUGUGCUGUAAAUAGUAAUUCAUCACCCACCGUAUAACGAAAUGGCGUUAUUGUGUCUGUGGGUGGGGCUGAACACAGGAACUUAACCAACUGGUUCUGGAAUACUGUAAAGUGUGUACUGCAAACACUUCUAUUGGAGGAACAAAAUCCCACACAUCAGACAUAAUCAGAAGGAACACUCUAUACCGCAGCAAAAGGGCCAAAUGAUUAUUGAGAAGAAACUUUCGGGGAGCUGCUGGGAUUUUAGAGAUGCUAAGAUUUGAGGAGAUUGAGAGAUGCCGAAACAGUGGAUACCAGAGCAAUGCCACUUAAGCUGUGCUCCAGAGGUUGAGGGUAAGAUUCAGUCCAUUAAUACCAGAUGACUUGAACAAUCCAGAGAUGGAAGGUCAAACUAUACCUUCAUUUAAGGGCGGGACAAUUCAUAUCUCGCCCGAGGUCAUAGAAUCCCUUUCACUUCUUGACAUUGUGUGGUCCAACAAGUUCGAGAACGAGAACAUUGAUGCAGAUGAUGCCAAGCAAAAAGAAGCUGAUUUUCUGAAAGGAGCUCCACCCCAGUGGCUGCAUUUUUAUUGGUCAGAGAAAGAAGACCGACAUUUUGUCAAACGGAAUGGCUACAACAAUUUGGUAGAAUUAAUCAACAAAAACAAAAGGAAAAUAUGGAGUGUCAUCGAUAUGCAUUUGGUUUACCAACCCGGGAGUGGAGGGUCAACCCUGGCGAUGCAGGUUCUAUGGAAAUUUCAUAAGGAAUUCAGAUGUGCCAGAGUUACAAACUCUUCCCUGGAUGUCGCAGAGCUUUCAAAGCAAGUAGUCAAGUUUUUUAUGGUGGGAGAUGAUCAGGAUCAGAACACUGUGCUGCUUUUACUGGACAUCAAGGAAAAGAUGAAUGAAGAUCAGCCAUUUAAGAGAAUUCUACAGGACAGCCUGAUCAAGGAAAUCAAUGGGCAGAACAUCAAAGCAAACAUUCCAGUUGUGAUCAUUUUAAAUUGCAGCAUAAUGGACUUCACAAGAACAGAUACACUGAGCCUUGAAGCAAACUUGACUGAAGAUGAAGAAAUAAAACUAAGGGAAAAGCACAACCAAGUUACUACAAAGCACAAGGAGCAUGAACGAUUCAGGGGCUUCAACAGAAUGCUUGGGAAUUUUAGUCUGUUACAUGAUCGGUCAGUGCAAAAACGCAUUGAAACUUUCACACACUCCCCAGAGUGUUGCAUGAUCUCAACGCCAAAUGGUGCCCAAAUCCCAGUAAAGUAUUCAGCUUUCUCCACAUGCUCCCUUGAAAUAAUAUGGGCAAACAUGUACCAAGAUGUGCCAUUGGAUCAUUUGUGUGCUGAGGAGUUGGAGAGCGAGUUUCUUAAAGGGGGUCAACCACAAUGGGGGGACUUUUACAGCUCAGAGCAUCAAGGCACCUUGUUUGUCAAAAGAGACCUCUAUAAAUCCUUGAUCCAGCAGAUUAAUGUGCAGAGAAGAGGCCAGUGGAAUGUGACAACCAUCAAUCUGUUUCACCACCCAAAGAGUGGUGGAUCAACUCUUGCCAUGCAAGUGCUGUGGGACUUGAGGAAACAUCUCAGAUGUGCCAAACUGAAAUCCAAAACAACUGACGCGAUGAUUAUCAAAGAUGACAUCAUCAGAUUAGCCAAAGAGGGAGGGGUGAAGCAUCAAAACACUGUGCUUCUCCUGCUGGAUGUAGGGGAUGGAGGAAACAGAAUAGCAUACCGUUUGCAGAAAGAGCUUGACAAGAGAAUUGCGGGAGAUAACUUUCCAAUGCUCAUCAUACUGAAUGUUGCAAGCAAGACAACAAUUCCCAAAAGCACCAGUGUGAAACUAAAAAUGGAGCUGUUACCCGAUGAAAUGAUCAUGUUUAAGGAACACAAGCCAGUGAUCAGGGAGGCACAUGGGACAGAUUCUGAGAGCUUUCACAGCUAUAACAUAAUGUAUGGAAACUUCAAAAAAGAUUUGGUCAAAAAGGUCAUCGGUAAGGACCUGGAGAAUUAUGUUAAACACAAUAAGGCUUCCCCAAACACAAAACUCUUCUCGUUUUUAGCCCUGCUGAAUUCAUAUAUUCCGGGCUCCUACCUGCCUGAAAGAUUGUGUUUGGAAUUCUUUGCAAGUCAAGGUUCUCAUGCAGGUGACACAAUCAAACACAUGAUGACUCCCUUCAUGGAUCUUUUGGUGAUAUACAGUGCAGAGCACUGUGAGGACAAAUGUGUCCGCAUUGCACACCCUAUGAUUGCUGAUGCAUGCAUCCACAAACUGUUUACCUUGUCUAUACAGAGAGGUGAAAUAACGCACAAUUUUUUGUACUUCAUAGUGAAAGCGUUAAAAAAGCAGGCUGACUUUCUGCACAUUUGCAAAGACAUUCUGAUCACCAGACAGAAAGGAGAUCAAGAACAUGACAAGUUUUCAAAACUCAUUCUUGACAUCAUGGAGGAAGACCUCUAUACAAACUCUGCAAACUGUGUAUCUGUGUUAGACUUUGCCUCUAAUCUGUAUCAUAAAGAUGCCUUCUAUCCACAGGCUCUAGCACGGUUCUACUAUAUUAAAUUUGCAGAUUAUACAAGGGCUGAAAGGUUUGCAGAAAAAGCCAUUCAAAGAGAUCCAAAUAAUUCUUUUAUGAGAGACACACUUGGACAAGUUUUCAAAAACAGACUGAGGAAGACCGUCAAGGAUAAAAUGUCUCCGAAUUAUUCUCGUAGAGUUUUGGAGAAUGCCGUUUCUGCUGUUAAAGCAUUCAAAGAGGAGACAAAGACAGCUGAAGAGGAGCAGAAAUCAGAUGUCAGGGACAGCAAUGCUCCUAGUACCUUUAAUAUCAGGGGCAUAUUUGGUUUCAUCCAAGUUCUCAAGAUUCUCUUUGAUGCCCUCACACAUCACAGUUCACAGUGGGCAGAAUUUCUGAGAGGGAAAACAUCUAUCACAUCUCUUGGCACUUCAUUUAGAGACCAAAAGCUGAAGAGAUACAACGAUUUCCUCAGCACCCUCAAAGAAGAAAUCAAGGAGAAAUUUCAUGUUUUUCAGUAUUACCUCACAUACUCAAAGCCAAGCAUUGACAGAGAGGAACCGCCAUACUUUUACCGAGAUGUUGAAGAUUGCUUCAAGAAAUAUGUGAUUCAACAGGAAAAGGCUGCUCAAAGUAAACUGAGAAUGCUUGAAAUAAAAAAGGCGGAUACAUUUCCAGGGUUGUUGAACCUCUUAGACCAAGACACAUCUGUGACAGAGUUAGAGGAGAUUCUCAGUCUAAUUAAUGUUAAUGAUAGCCAAAUUUACAUUCUUGCCAACAUCAUUUUGUGCAACAAGUCUCCCACAUCUCAGUCCCUCGUGCCAAAACGAGAACUUCAGUACAUGAUGUGGAGAGACUGGCAGCAAGAAAGAAAGAGAAGAAGCCCAGAGUUUUAUCUGUUGGUCCUUUUGUUGUUUUGGCCUGGAGAUGGUCAACAGAGUCAAAGUACACCAAACUCGCCAAACCUUGCAGAGUGUGUAAUAUAUAUGCACCAAGCCUUUGAGAGGACCUACAGACUGCACCUUCGCUCACGUUACCUGGUGCCCCUCUUUUUCCUUGGAAAAGGUGAUCAUUUGCAGAGAGUUGUGCAUAGAUCAAACGUAGAGCAAAAUCAGAUGGACGCUCUAACCAAAGGGGAUGAGAAAGCUGAAAUCCAGGAACUUCAACGAGUCCAAGGGGAGGUUAAAGACCACAAGGUGUUUGCUCUAAGGGGAACAGUCCAGGUUGAAGUAACUCCUCACCAUGCAGCCAGUGUACGUGGCCAAGGCCUUGUUUCAUUUUAUCUGGGCUUUAACAUCAGAGGGCCUGUAGCUUACAACAUCAGACCAUCACACAGACAGUGCCGUACAUGUGCGUCGAUUAGGGAUUCAUUCGAAUGGGACCUGAUUGAACCCUCUGUGAUCUCGAAUGAUGCACAGAUAAAGUACAGAAUAAAUCUUGGAUCGGGGUGUUAUGAGUGCAGGAGGACUGGUCUACGUGUCGAAUGCUUGUGUGAUGUUCAGCUUGAAUAUUUUAUUUGUGACUGGGAAAAUCUAAGUGAUAUUCCAGAAAUUGAGAAUUGUACACCAUGUGGCCCUUUGAUGGAUAUUGGCAUCAUCUCUGGAGAACUGAACGCAGUUUAUCUGCCUCAUUUUCUGUGUUUAGGUGGACCUCCAGUUAAAGACGACGUGAGAAUUCUCCACGUUGAAGACAGUGGAGUUUCAUUCGAGAAAUGCAAGUUAACCAGGUUCCACGCCAAACUUCUGGACCACACGUUUUCCCCUAAAGGUCUUCUUAUGAAGAGUGGACGUUCUGUGAACUAUCAUUGUGAAACGCUGAUCUACCAAACUCUCAAAUCUCACCUGACGCUUCAUGUGUACUUGAUUCCAAGUGAUAAAAAAAUGAUAGAGGCUGUUAAAGAAAAUGAGACUGAGAGCAAGGCUAUUUUAAAGCCGGGACCUGAAUGCUCGCUGCAGAUGAAGACUUGGUUUUUGAUGCGGACGCUGGAGAAAAUGAGGAAAUCUGCUUGUCAUUCUGAAGUCCUACCUGAGCAGUUACAACUCAAGUACAAGCCUAUAAAACCAAAUUUCUUUGAAGUAUUCGUUGAUGCUCCAAAAGAAGACUUUUACCUUCAGCUGAUGACGCAAAAUCAAAAGGGAGUUGUAUGGGAUGCCAAAAUACGCCAAGCUGACUAUAGUCAGAGUACUUCUUCAGUCGAUACUCGCAGAGAAUCUUAUAGCUCAAAUGAUGGAAGCAGAGAUUUCCCCAGCUCAAGCGGCAACAGAGCUGUGCAUGAGGUCCUGCUUGAGUGUCUUGAUAAUCUGAUCUCAGACGAACUGAAAAAGUUUAAAUGGCAUUUGAGUAAUGGAGUGGAAACCUUCGAAAAAGUUACGAAAAGUUCACUGGAGAAUUUAGAAAGAUGUGAGGUUGUGACAUGUUUAAUCGAUCAAUAUAAAGAGAGUGGGGCUCCUAAAGUUACUGCAAUAAUUUUGCGAAAAAUGCAGAAGAACAACAUUGCAAAUUGCCUGGAGGAGAAACUUUAUGCGAGGAGCUAAAAUGUUGUAUAUUUCAUGCAAAGAAAAUUUGUUUUAUUUUUUGUUAAAAGUCCCAUUAAAUUAAUGCCAGUGUUUGCUUGUCAUAUUCUUAGCUAUGCAGUGAUUUGAUUUAGAAUAAUACUUAUAAUAAUAAUAACAAAGAAAAUCUUUCUACCAGAUUUUCAAUUGAUAUUAAAGGUGCAGCAGGUGAUUGUCUUCAGAUACACUGUUGUUGUGCAGGUUGAAAGUCUCUUCACAUUCUGAAAGUAAAUAAUCUAAAUUUGUUUAUAGGUCUUUCUAUAUUCUGGGUAAGGCAUACAACUAAAAAAAUGCUCAUCCAAUUAAAUAUUUUAUUUUGUAAUGUCUUGUCUUCCUAUGUCCUGCCUUGCCUCCCACCAUGUGCGCCUUUGUGUGUACUUGCACUAGGCUAUAUGAGUGCUCCGAAUCAGGCCCAGAUACUGUCACUUUUGGUGGAUCUGUUCAGCACAUGAUGUGACUGUGUCACUGCAUAUCAAACCUUUUAAAAUACAAAACAAUAUCACUAAAGCUAGAUCCACUGUGCUGAACGAGAGCAGUUAAACUGAACAGAGCAUAAUCGAUGACAGAAGCUUGCUCCGGCCCAGAAGGUAAAAUGCAGUGUGAGUGCAGGAGAGGGGAUGGAGGACAUUUAUGCCUGAGCAUGGUUCAAGACAACCGUGUCAUGUGAGUACACACCUUAGUCUUGUGUCUUGCUUCUCUUUGGUUGUGUCAUGUCAUGUGAUCCUUGGUGUUUGAUAUAAGUGCCCUCAAGUUUUCUUGUUCCUGGUCUAGCUUUGUGUAACCGCUGUCGGUGAGGUUGUUGUGUUUGCUUUGCCAUGAGUUUAUUUCUGGUCAAAUUCAUGUCUUGUAUUAUGAUAAGUUUAGUGUUAAGUUCUUGUUUAGCUCUUUUUGCUAAUAAACUGCAUUUGGGUGCUAUAUGCUCGCAUUCAGUGGAAUUCAUUACAGAAAGCUAGACCUGAAACAGCUGGACCUCCAGUAAAAGACGACGUGAGGAUUCUCCAUGUUGAAGACUGGAGUUUCAUUCGAGAACUGCAAGUUAACCAGGCCGAUGACAUGAAAUCUCUGAUCGGUUUGGAAAAAUACAACAUCAUCCUUAAGUUAAAACCAACACAAGCGCAAAUGAGAACGCUUCUGGGUUUUCUGUCAGCGCCUAGACUGAAAGAGACAUUUUACCAAAGCCUUUUAAAACACGAGCGCUGUCUUGUUGAAGAUUUGGAGCAUUCUGGGUAGACUCUCUUCUGUGUCAGUGCCAAGAUUAUAUAAUGGGUUAUAGUUAUUUUACAGCAGAUCAUUCUGAUGGAUAAAAUAGUAAGAUCUGGAAUUUAAUGAGGCGUGUAGUGUCAACUUAAUGAACAGUCCAGUUAGUGCUGAGUAUUUUCUGCUUCUGUUUGACAUUGAUGGUCAUGACGUUAUUGAAUAUUUCCAGAUCUCCACAUUUGAGUCUGUCUGCCUGGAUGCUCUGCUUUUUGUCCAUAAAUCUUCCCCCUCCAUCCUUCUCACUAAACCUCCAGUAAUGUUUGGGUGUCGUGUCUUUUAUUUUGUAGUUUAGUGUUGUCUUCCUGUUGUAGUCUCCUAGUGUCAUGGUCCCAUUGGUCGUUUCAUGUCUUGUGGUCCAUUUAGUUUAGGUUUGGCCCUCAUGCUUCAAUCGCUUCUCGUUUGGCUUUACUUUGUGCAACCCUGCUGUCGGGAGUUGUGCUGUCAUUUUAUGCUUUGAUCAAGCCAAGUUUGUGAUUAAGAUAUG